AGCCCACGGUCUCUCGCUAGUAGCUCUAUUCGCAAAGAAGCCGCAUCGUCUCACAAACACACAAAGCACAGCAGACAUCAUGGUCAGUCAGACUCGCUUUGUCGGCAGCGUCGAGCAGCGUCUGCCGCCAGAAUGUCUCCGCGUACUUGUGAUGUAUGCUGACCUCUUGGGCGAGGUAGAGCAACCUCUUCAACAAGGCAAAGGAGUUCGCCAGCUCGAACGAAGGUCAGAACCUCAAGCAGAAGUUCGGCGGCGGCGGCAAUUCGAACCAGCAAGGUCAGGGUGGCAACUCGGACUCGUAUGAUCAGAAUUCAAGCUCGGGCGGUCAGGAUGACAGCUACGGCCAGUCGCAGGGCGGUCGAGGCCAACAGGGCGGCUAUGGAGGCGGUCAAUCCGACAGCUACGGCCAGUCCGGCGGCCAGUCUGGUGGUGAUAGCUACGGCCAGUCUGGCGGUCAGUCAGGAGGCGACAGCUUCGGCCAAGGCGGUCAGUCGGGUGGUUAUGGCCAGCAGUCCGGCGGCGACAGCUACGGUCAACAAUCUGGCGGUGACGGCUACGGCCAACAGUCUGGCGGCGACAGCUACGGUCAACAAUCUGGCGGUGACAGCUACGGCCAACAGUCUGGCGGCGAUAGCUUCGGCCAGCAACAGUCCGGUGGUGACAGCUUCGGCCAGAGCGGCGGUCGCGGUAGCGGCGGUCAACAAGACUCGUACGGCCAAGCCUCUGGCGGUGACAACUACGAUCAGUCAUCUGGCGGGGCAAGCUACGGCCAGUCCGGCGGUGACGACUCGUCGUACGGCCAGCAAUCAAGCAACCAGGACAGUUACUAGUUGCUCUGCAUGACAAGAAAAGAAGCACAACGAAGGGGGUUAAAGUCACUAUGAUUUCAUUCAAUAGCACACACGACAGACAAUGAAGGCUACUCACACACU